AUAUAUACUUAUACUUGUGUGCAGUAAAAUAAGUUGGCUAGAUCAGUUAUUUUUAACUAUACGAUAUUAGAAAAACUAGCUUGUUAAUCAUCGAGUUUAGAAUAUUGUCGUCAAUAUAUAAACGUUUUGUAGUUUGUAUGAAAAAGUAUUUUCGAACAAUGGUUAUUCCGUCUGUUGUUCAUUGGUUUCGUUUAGACCUAAGAAUUCACGAUAACCUCGCACUUAGAAAUGCAAUUAAUGAGGCCGAGAACAGAAAUCACAUUUUGAGACCAAUAUAUGUUAUAGACCCUGAGGUAAAAAAUCGCAUAGGCACAAAUAGACUCAGGUUUCUCAUUCAAAGUUUACAAAACCUGGACACAAAUUUGCGGAAACUUAACACACGUCUUUAUAUUGUAAAAGGUACGGCAACAGUAUCAUUACCAAAAGUCUUUGAAAAUUGGAAUGUGAAAUAUUUAAGUGUACAAGUUGAUAUUGAUCCUGAAUAUGUUGCGCAAGAUGAAGUAAUUGAAAAGUUCUGUGAAGAAAAUGAUAUUUUCGUAGUAAAACGUGUUCAGCAUACAGUAUAUGACGUUCAAGGAAUUUUAAAGAAAAAUAAUGGUAAUGUACCAUUAACAUACCAAAAGUUUUUAUCUUUAGUUAAGGAUCAACAAGUAAGAGACUGUAUUGAGUUAAAUAAGAAAUUAUCUGAUUGCUGUAAGCCUGAAGAUAUAGAAUCUAAAGAUUAUGACAUUCCACCGUUGGAAGAGUUGGGUAUUGAUGAAUCUUGCCUUAUUGAAUGUAAAUACCAAGGCGGAGAAACAGAAGCAUUAAAUAGGCUGAAUAUGUACAUGGCUAAAAAGCAGUGGGUAUGUGCUUUUGAAAAGCCAAACACAUCGCCAAACAGUUUGGAACCAAGCACUACCGUUUUGAGUCCCUAUAUAAGCCAUGGCUGUUUGUCAGCAAAACUUUUCUAUCACAAACUUAAACAGGUAGAGAGUGGCAAUAGGCAUAGCGAACCACCUGUAUCACUGAUGGGCCAAUUGAUGUGGCGAGAGUUCUAUUAUACAGCUGGGGCUGGUACUAAAAACUUUGAUAAGAUGGUUGGAAAUUCUGUGUGUACUCAAAUACCAUGGAAGAAAAAUGAUGCUUAUUUGCAAGCAUGGGCUGAAGGGAAAACUGGAUAUCCUUUUGUAGAUGCUAUUAUGCGUCAAUUAAGACAAGAGGGUUGGAUACAUCAUUUAGCACGACACAUGGUUGCAUGCUUUUUAACACGUGGGGAUCUCUGGGUAUCGUGGGAAGAUGGAGCUAAAGUUUUUGAAGAUCUUCUCCUCGAUUAUGAUUGGUCUUUAAAUGCUGGUAACUGGAUGUGGUUAUCAGCCUCUGCAUUCUUUUACAAGUAUUUCAGAGUGUAUAGUCCUGUUGCAUUUGGAAAGAAAACUGAUAAGGAGGGACUGUAUAUUCGAAAAUAUGUUACCGAGUUGAAAAAGUACCCUACUGAAUUUAUUUAUGAACCAUGGAAAGCACCUAAGUCCGUGCAAACAGCUGCUGGUUGUGUAAUUGGUGUAGAUUACCCUAAGCGAAUAGUUGACCAUGACAAAAUUCAUAAAGAAAAUAUGCAAAAAAUGUCAGCAGCUUAUAAACUUAACAAGGAAAAAAAAUCCCUUAAAAGACCCAGAUCUGACUAAGUUUAAAAAGGUUAAUGUUAUACAAGGGCGUUGCAAGUAAUUAACUUUCAAAUAAAUUUAUUUUAUACAGUUGAAAAAUAAAUGGAUGUAUUUCUGGUGAUGCUCUUUGUGUCGAAGUAUGUAAAAGUUUCUAAGCUACAAAUUUUACAGAAAUCAAUAUAAUGUUUGAAAAUUUAAUUAAAAGGUUAUUUAAAUAAUUAAAAGGUUUUCACAAUGAGCCUAAAAUGUAUGUAAUGCAGAACCAAAAUGUUAUAGAACUGAAAUUUGAGGCUUGAUUUAAUUUUUAUAGGAUGUUAACGAAACCUCAUACCACGAGUCACGAACUCACGACUCAAUCAAUUAUCAAUGUGUAGUAGUCUCGAAUUAUUAACAGUUUCUCCAAAUCCAUUUUUUUCUAUUCUGUACAAGAAUGAAGAAAUGCAACAGUAGAAAAUGUAAAUUGCCAAGCACAGACUCACAAGUUACUAUAGAGUAUAGAUACUUAAUGUCAAGUUACCAUUGGUUAAAAGUAAAAACCAUUUGUUUUGAUUU